AUGAACUGCGAGUCAUCCUAUAAUAAGCAAUUGCAAAAUGUAUGGUGUAGAGUGAAUUUACUCUUGAUUAUGAAAUCGAACGCAAAACAAUCAGGAGGAAAUUUAUACCCUAGGUACUUGGCUGACUAUGAGGCCCUCGUAGAUCGACUUGUCGAGCUGCACACCUUCGCCAGUUUGCCUUCUGUGCUUUUGAUAGACGACUUCGACGCCUAUACCACCAACUAUAAAGAAAGUGCGGUGUCGCAAGAUAUACACCUCGCCAGAACGUGUUCAUUGAUUCUCGACACGAUGAAUUCUUGCGCGCGAAUCCUGAAGACCGACGUAUAUGUAUGCGCCUGGUCCUUUUCCGCAAUGAAAGAUAUUUGCCCAUACACGAUAUACUUUAUCAACAUUUGGAAUGUGACGGACGAUGAGGAAAGUAAAACGAUACUAUUACAAAAAUACACGCAAACUGUUCCUACCGAACAGUGUCCAAUCUAUAGAUACUGUAAACUUGAAGAUGGAACGAGGGUGUUAAAACAAAUUUUAUCUUAUUUAUUAACGCGGAAUAUUCUAUUGAAUAGAAGUUGACUAUAAACUGAGGAGUUGUUGACACGUUUGAGGAGCUGAUUUGAUCUGAAUUGAUUUCAAACCCGAUCGUUUAUUAAUUAUUGAAAUUAUUGAAAAACAGAGCUAUUUUUUUAUUACAGCAGCAAGGAACCGAAAGAUUCCUUGCAGGAUUAAUCAAUUACAGAUUACAACAAAAGCAAUAUAUACAUAUCUGCAUGAACAGAGAGAGAGAGAGAGA